UAAUUCGUCCUGUUCUUUAAAACAUUUUACACAGGUUAACUAUGGCUCUUAAUACACUCUAUGACAAAAGAAAAAGAAAAGAUGUUGUGGAGGUCGUAUAUCAUGGAAUACCAUAUGCAGAAUUUGAUAAAACUGGUCACUGGAGUACUUGGUCCUUGGUGAGAAUGUUUGAAGGUUCCUUAAUGCUAUCAGCCUCUUUGUCACCUUGUACCCAGACUGUCACUUCUCAUGAAGAGGACUACAUUCUUCUGCGCCAGCACUGUGAAAUCAGUCCACGCUACUACCAAGAUAUAACCAUCCAAUCAAACUUCAACCCCAGGAUUGUGUUUGGCUGCCAAGAAGUUGGGCGGACAUCAUUAAACUUCAAAGUAAAGAUGUUCAAUCAGCACACGGAAUAUGUGUACGCUACAAACAUGAGAAAAAUGGUCAACUUUAACAAAAGAACAAAGAAAGCGGUCCCAAAUAACCCUUUUUAUCUUGAACAAGCAGAGGGCCUGAACGGUAUGCGACCAAAGUACAGUUGGCCUCCGUUUCCUGAUAAUGUUCCCUCUAAAGUUUUUCGAAAGAAAGUCUUCCCUCUUCACAGUGAUACGGACUUUAUGAAUCAUGUAAAUAAUUCCUCAUAUAUACGAUUCUGUUUAGAUUGUUGCGCAUGUGCAGCAGAAGCGAAAUUUUACAAUUAUUUUGAGGCUGACUUUCAUUACCCCGUUUUGGAAGUGGACAUUCAGUAUUUAGGUGAAAGUUUCGCAAACGAAACUCUAGAUAUUUCAACAUGGCAAAGUGAAACGGAUAUUUGUGAUUUAUAUUUUAUCAUAACUCACAAACACAAAGUGAUAGCAAAAACUUUCCUUAGACUUGGCCUUACAAAGCUUAAAAAAAUAACUUAUGCUGAUUCAAAAUUGUAGAUAAAACAAUACAAGU